AUGCUCUGGAUCUCCUUCGGUUUCGGAUCUGCCUCUUCCCAGGAUUCGAGAACGUCUGAGGUUCGCAUGUAUCGACACUCCCAUGAUCAAUACAACGCGCGCGCACGUCCGUACGACUCAUGCCACCAUACCUUUCGCGACGGCAUAUCUGUCCCGUCUUGCACCGUGAAGAAGCGCGUGCCACAACCAUCCGAGCUUGGUGAUAUGGAACGAUUCAUCAUUUUCGUUCUUGCCCUCCCUACAGCCUACGUAUUGGAGAGUUUAGUUGGUGGAGCCUUUCGUCACGGAAUAAUUCAGGGUGUAUGGUCUUACAUCGAGUAUUGCAUGAAUCGCGCCUAUAAUGGUGCAAUCACGGUGUAUAGAAGGCGUAAGAGCGCUCCGUCGAACCUCCAUUUCCAUUCCAUGCUGAUACGACCCCACCUGGGCGUUCUCGGCAGUGGCGGAGAUCUCGUCGACGGAGCAACAAGUGCCCGCUCAACUGCGAAUCGCGCCCAGGAACAGUUCGUCCUGUGGAACUGA